AUGGCAACUAGUGGCCUACUUGAAAAGGCUGUGGAAGGGAAAGGAGUUCAUAUCGACAGCGACAAUCGUAUCUGCUGGGAUGAGGAUGCGGAACAACACCCUCGUAAUUGGAAGUUCGGAACUAAGACAUACACAGCCGCUCUUAUAUGCUGGCUGGAGAUGUAUAUGACGGCAAUCAGCUCCUCUGGGGUCAGUCUAAUUACCGAUACAGAUGAAAACCUGCUGACGGCGUUACAGACGGCUACCGCAGAAUCAGCACGAGAGGAGUAUGGUAUGAGCAGAACACUGGCAUAUUUUGCCUUUGUGUCCAUAUAUUUACUGGGCCAAACUAUAGCUGGCAUAUUCUGCUCACCAAUAUCAGAGGUAUUCGGAAGACGGACCAUAUAUAUCCUUGCAGCAACCCUCUUCUGCAUUGCCUCGGUAAUUGUGGCUGCGGUACCGUCAGUAAUUGCUGUAUACUUUGGUCGAUUCUUUCAAGGUGUGGCUGCAGCAAUUCCUGCGACUGUUGCGUUUGGUAACUUUGAUGACAUGUAUAAUGCGGAGCAUAGGAUCUGGGUUGUUUACAUAUACACCAUUCUAGGGAUGCUAGGGCUAGCACUUGGUCCCAUCUACUCAACCUACAUUACUUCAAGCAUGGGCUGGCGUUGGGUGUACUAUGUCUCCACAAUCGUUAUGGGUGCUACCGCCGUUGCAUGCAUCUUUACAAGAGAGUCAAAUGCAGACCAACUGUUGGCUAAGAUUGUUGAGAAAAUACGCGAAGAAACUGGCAUAGAAGACUUGCAGCCUGACCACGCUGAGGGAGGAAAACUGACCGUCUCCUCCUUUGCACGAAACACUCUCUUUCGACCCUUGAAGUUCCUUGUUACGGACCCUUUAGUGUUUUUCUGUGCCAUACUAUGCGCCAUCGCUUUUGGUCUGAUAUACGGUUUGACAGAAUCACUGACCAUUGUAUAUACGGCGUCGCCUUUUAAAUUUUCGGAAGACAACUCCAGCUUGGCAUUCAUUGCCAUAGCGAUCGGCGAGAUACUGAAUGUUCUGCCGCGUUUCUAUGACGCAUAUCUAUAUAAGAAAUACCGCAAAACACACCGACGUAUCUUACCCGAGACCAAAAUCACAUCAUUUGCCAUCUCCGCCCCAGCCCUUGCCAUUGCUCUAUGGCUCUUCGCCUGGACCAUCCCACCGCGGGUAACAAAUGUUCCUUGGCCUGUGAGUAUGAUUGGUCUGGCGAUUAUUGGAUUUAGUGCGAACGAUUUCAGCUACGUGCUUUUUGGAUACGCCACUGACAGUUAUGGCAAGCAUGCUGCCAGCGCUGUCAGCGCCAUAAGCACUACACGCACCUUGGCCGCUGCAGUCUUUCCACUCUUUACACAUCAGAUGUAUACUGGGCUGGGCAGUAAUGUAGCAACGAGUAUCCUGGCGGCAGUCGCGAGUCUGUUUGCAUUUACACCAUUCCUGUUCCUAGGAUACGGAGAAAGGUUGAGGCAUCGAAGCAAGUUCGCAGCAGACAAUGAUGAGGCUCUGGAGCAGGAGAAUUCGCAUAUGAAGGAUAAAGGGGAGAAUCAAGAUGCUGGUAGCGCAUGA